GAAGGAGAGAGAAGGGAGUGAGAAGAAGGGAGCGGAAGAGUCGCUCGGAGGAAGCGCCCAUCAUUCUUCUGUGCUCUGCCUCUGAGCGGAGGCGAGUCCGGAGGCUGUGGGCGCUCUGAGGCUCUCAGCGCAGGUCUCGCUUUACGCGACGGUCACAUUCGGCUUUUUUGUUGUAGAAGCUACACGCGCCCUGCUGGCCUGUGCGCGAGCGCUGUGUUUAGGAGCAUUACAUUAAACUGGCUCUUUGAAGAAGAACGCGAGCGUCUGCGCGCGAGGAACUCGUCAUAUAUCGUUCUGAACAUUAAUCGUGAUCCUGAGCGCUGAAUUUCUGGACUCGGACACACAUGCGUGUCCACUCUGCCUCCCGCGCUGAGCUCUACUGUCGCUUUCCUCCAGCUGGCUGGUGAUUUGAGGACUGCAGCCUGCGCUCCUUCAGGUCCGAUGCGGUGCUCCGGGCGGAUCUGAUCCCAAACAGGGAUCGCCAUGGCCGCGUCUGGCGGACACAAGAGCGAGAAGUUGGACGAGGCUCAGGCUCUGGCCAAAAGCUGCGCCGGACGGCCGGAUUUCUUGCCCUGCGAUGGACUGUCCAUCUGCGCCACGCACAGCCACGGCAAGUGCUUCAAGCUGCACUGGUGCUGCCAUCUGGGCUGGUGCCACUGUAAAUAUGUCUACCAGCCUAUGACCAGUGUUUGCCAGCUUCCCAGCACCUCAGUUCCUGCCACUCCCUCAGACCACACCCAAACAAUGAACUUGUCCAUCUCCCUGACCGAACGCCUCCUCAGGACUGCCCCCAACUUCAGAGCCCCACCCUGUCCAGAGUCACCCAAGUUUUGCAUCAUCUCUGACCUGUUUGUUGACGACUACAUUGUGAAACGGAUCAAUGGAAAGAUGUGCUACGUGCAGCGACCGCCCCCAUCAAUGCCCAGUCCACCACAGCAGUCGCAGGCUUUGCAAACCCAGUCAUCCAAUCAGAGGGUCCAUAAGCAAGCGGCCCAAGUGGGUCAAACUCAAGGUAAGCAAAGCCAAAAAGCAGGUCCCAAAAUGGACCACUGUUCCUCACCAUCCAGCUCAGAAGAUUCCGGCAUCAAUGCGUUGGGUCUGCAUUACAUGGAGUCGUGUGACGAAGACUCCUGUGAGGAUGAUGAGGAUGAAGAAGAGGAGGAUGACGAGUUGAGCACAGAUGGAGACUCUAGUCCUGGUAGCCUCUGGGAGCAAGAUGAAUGCACCCUGCUUUCACCAUCCAAGUCUACAGUGGAGAUCAUUGAGAAAAUUGAGACGACUGUCUGAUGCAUUAAGACGUUUUGCAGACAAUACAAGCCUCAUCUGUCCUAUAGUUUUCAACUUGAGGAUGGGAUUUGAUCACCGGUUGGCUAAACAAGAGCUCAACCAAAGAGCCAAGAGGACACAAACACUCACACUGUCUGAUAGUGCACUUGAGAUGUUUCUCCCUUCUCUCUCUCUUGAGGUUGGAACUUCCUCCAUGGUCCUUCUCUCCAUCACCUUCACUUAUCUUAUAUACAGUCUUCUCUUGGCAUGGUGACCCUGCUAUGGAUUUACAUCCAAUGGAGUUAAAACAUACAGUGAAGAUUAUGGCCACAAGUUUUGUAAGCGGUGGAAUACUUUCUUCCCCAACAGAAGGAGCAAGUUCAUACUUGAAAGUGAUAAUAUGGUUUAAAAUUAAUUUUCGCACGUACACAAACACAUUCACACUCUAAACAAGAUGGAGCAAGGGCUACCUCUGCAGAAGAAACCUACGAUGGAGUUUAUCCCCAAAGGAACUGAAAUGUAAUCUGGCAGAUACAUUGGAAAUCAAAGGAAGAGAAAGGAGGUCUGAAAAAUGAGAAAUACCAUCCACCAUUCAGUGGAAAAAGGGGAAAAAAGAGAGAGGGAAAAGAGGAAAAGAGAGAGAGAGAAAGGCAGAUGGAGUUAGAGACUCUCCCGCUUGCUGUAAGCAGGAUCCAUUUGAACUGUGACUAAAUGAUGCAUGAAUUUAGAAGACUGUAAUGAGAUGGUAUGAAGAAAAAGGGGGCCAAGGCUCUAUGCUCUAGGGUACUCCUGUCCCACUGCCCCCUAAAACCUCUCCCACAGCCUCAUGUGGAGCUGCAAAGGCCAUAUUGCCACCCCACCAACCCUCCGUGCACAGCUCUGAAGACUUACACGAGAUUAUAGCUUUUUGACAAUCAUGUAAGGAUAGCAGUCUGUGCUGUAGUUUCAAAGAACUGAUCUGCAGCACAACAUCAAGGAAGAGAUGCCAUGUUCUCUCCUGGAAGCGCAGAGCAGGAUACUUUGAAUGUUUUGUGUUGUGUUUUGGAUGCUACCAUGCCACUGUCAUUGUAGAAGAGCUAUGGAAUCACAGGAAUGUGCAGUGUCAUUGAAAUAUGAACUCUUUGAAAGCUAAUCAAGGCACUAGUUCCGAAAGCAGUGUUCACAUCUUUAAAUAUACUAGAAUGUCCCAAGGUUCUUCGGUUGCAAUGUUUCUUUCUAGACAAAAGCCUCAGCCUGUUUAGUAACCAAUGACAUAUGACCUAAGCACAUGACACGCUCACUCCACCACGUUUGGAUGGAAGUGCAGAUCUGUACUAUAAUAGAACAUCAAAGUGGGCCAAAAUUGUCUCUUCAUGAUUAGAGAUGCAUUAUAGAAUGCUUAGACUCUGAAACUGGCAGCCCACAACACCUAAAAGCACAGCCUGCAUGGGCCUAAGAGCUAUGAGCCAACAGAAUCAGAGACUACUUAAGUAAAGCCAACACAACCACUGAUUAUUACUGUAAGUGCAUGAAACCGCUACAGUGUGAUAUAACUGUGAGGAUUUGGCUAUUAGUCUCAGACGUAAAUGAGCUUGAAAUGAUGCCCAGGAUGGCGUGAUCCUACAAUCCUUUCUCUGCAGAGGGUGGGUGUACAGUUUUUUUUUUUUGUUAUUUAAUAAGGUAAUAAAACUGUACACGAUUUUCAUGUUGGCUUCGGAAAUCCCUGAUGUGUUUUAAAUGGGAUUACAAUUGUAUUCAAAUCAGAUUCAGACUGUUAUGCAACUGAAUCUCUUAAUGGCAUUAAGAAAGAGAUGGUCAAGGAUCACUUUUGCUGUCCUCACAGGAGUGGAGACUAAAACUAAGGAGACUUUGUUGACAACUACUCCUGUCCAUCUCUGAUGAUGGCUCUAGUCUGUGACCAUAGCUUCCUGUUGCACGAACCCAUGUAGUCUAUAAGCACAGAACAUUAUCACUUCCUGAGCAGAAAUGUCCAUUUUGGGGCUGUUUAAGUAGAAGAUCGAAUGGACCCAUUAUGUACCCCUGAGGAACCCCACACCCAAUUAUUUGUAUGAUUACCUCUCCUGCUGUUGGAUGAAUGAAUGGGUAUCCCUGUGUGUCUGCAGUUUCAUAUCAGGGAAUAAUAUUGUAGCUAUAAACAUAUACUGUAGAUACACAAAUGUUUAUCGCACAUUUAAAUAUUCCCCUUCUUUUUUUCUUAUAUCAGUAAUUGUUAACUUAUCUCUUAUUUUUCUUAUAAACAAAUCUAAAAAUAAAAAAAAAACAUGCUGAAGUCUGUUAUUUUGUUUUUAUCUGAAAUUACACUGUUUUACUGUGUUCAAGAGCUUGGUUCAUUAAUGAGGCUAAUGGAUGAAUCAGCAGGGAAUAGUCUUAGUAAUUCCCCAGCAUAAUAAACAUAAUCCUUUCAAUGGGUUGGAAACAGCUUGUGUGAAAUUUUAACUCAUCCUAGUCAGCAGACAAACAGAUGGAACAUUAAAAAGGGUGGAACAGAGAUGCCGACCAGGAGAGUGCAGUGGAAAACUUUGCACAUCAUCGUGAAGAAAACAUCUAGACUUUCAGAGCCAGGUAUCAUGUAUCAUAUCGGCCAUCAGCAAAAACCAUGAAAGGUUUUAGAGUGACUUCUAAAUAGAUGAGAUCAGGGUAUUACUGAAUGCGCUAGGUAACAUGAUACAUGUGAAUACUGCAGUGCAGUUUCAAGCUAUGGUAAGUCUUUGCCAGGGAGAAAUUUUAUGCAUAUGCCACUAUCACAGCACAUAUGCUUUUUCUAAAGAGGAUCUGGCAGCUCUGGAUUUUCCAGCUCUCACAACACUAUUAUAUUUUGACAUACAGCUAUUUUAGUGUUUAAUUGUUUACAACAAGGCUUGCCUUCACACUCCAUGUUGACCAUUACAACUGUCAAAAACAGGAUUCCAGAAAUGAAAGAAGGCUGCAGUGUUACACAAACAAAUUAUGUUAUCAAAUAUUUCUUUUUUCCAAAGACUAACCACCAACAUAUUGUAUUACAAAUAAAAGGAUGUGCAUGUAUUGUUUUUGGGGAAUUCCACAGAUUAAAUUUUUUUUUUGCAUAAUUAAAUAGUUAAGAUGUGAAAGUAAUUCAGAGAGAUUUCAUGUGAAAGGCUCUGUUCUAGAGAAACAUCAGAGUCAGAACUGUUUACAGAGGUGGUGAUAGGAACCAGAUGUCUGAAGAGUUUAAUGCCUCAAAGCUCCCUCAAAGAAAGCUAUUACACGAAAUGGUAAUGAACACUGCCUGAUGCCCGAGACAUUUGUUUCACGCUGUUUUAAAACUGUAUUUUUAUAAGCACUUAUAAACAUGUUCAUAACAUUAUUAUGCAUUCAUAAGGCUGACAAAUACAACUUACAAGCUCUUAUAAUGGGUUAUAUUAUCAUGUAUGUUAAUAACAACCUAAAAUCAUAAUGAGAAAUAAAAAAACUGUGUAUGUGUUUGGGCAUGUUUGUUAGUCAAAAUACACUCUGCAUUCCAGUUUUGUUGGCACAAUAUAAUGUUAUGUACACUACUUAUAAUAUGUUCACAAUAAAUGCACAAUAAAUAUUUAUGAUGCCUUAUAAA